AUGACAAGAAGAAGGAAGGCUCUCGCUGCUGGAAAACUUCCUGCACAGGCUCGAGCCACCAUGGUUCAAAAUGGGAAAGCAUCUGAAGAAAUUCUCGCUCCAAAUAGCUCACCACUGGAGGUUGCGAAGUUCUUGGAACGCCGUGUUGCAACAAGGCUUCAAGGAAAAGAGGCACCAUCAGAGCAUAAGGCUCCUCCUGCCAUGUUGGCGCUGGCACAGGAGAUCAUGGAGCAGGUGGUGAAUUCAAAACCUACUCGUCUAUCUGAGUCCCUACCUGACACGCCUCAAUUCAACCUAGUACGUGAUAGGUUCCAUGCAAUCUUUGGAAAGAACAAUUUUGUUUACACCGUUCCAAAUAGUAUCUACAAUUCUGAAAGUCCAAUUGAUCCGAACUUCCACUCCCUUGCGGGUAUCUACAAUUCUGAAAGUCCAAUUGAUCCGAACUUCCACUCCCUUGCGGGGUCCCAGUUCAUCUACAUGGACUUAGAACUUGCAUUUCCAGACUUUCAUAUCCUUUGUUGCAACUGCAAAUCCAAGGAUCUUACUCGGAAACGUGACUGUUACAGUCAAAACAAGACUCUUCUUCGAAUUGUUACUGACGCAAAUGAGACCUGGUGUCGCCCUUUCAAAUACAAAUGCAACAGAUGCAAGCAUGAAUUUGAGACUAAUGAGGGACCAUUUCUGGCAAACCUUCCAGCUUUCAUUCGCAACCAAUACCCAGUGGACCCACGAUAUGCAAAGAAGGGGAAUCACUGUCAUCUCUCUAAAUCGGCAAGCCGAAUAAUGUCGAUGCAUAAAUCCAGGUUCGAUUUGUAUUUCAGGAGUUCCUUGGGCAUUUCGAUCCAAUCAUCAACCACUGCCUUUGGUGUUGUUCGCUUUUGCUUGCCCUUAAUUGUUGAAACGCUCGGUCCAUAUAUCUUUUCAGAGAUAUUAACAUCUUCUUCCGUAAUCACCCUCCUACAAUUCCUUCUUGCCGUCAUCGUCACAGGGGCCCAGGCCAAGAAGGCGGAGGAUGCAGAACCCAAGAAGCCACCGACCAAGGCCCUUGACGUGCUGAGUGAUAGCGAGUCGUCCGGUGACGACGAUGAUGAUGACAGUCCCCCGACCUUCGAGUGGACCACCAUCAUCAAAAAGUCUUUGGUUGCUUCCACUCCAAAACCUGUGGAGGACAAGAAAAAGUCCCUCCUCACGGCACCCAAGUCGCCCAGGACGACGAUGCCUGGAUCGACGAGCUUGCUCAGAUGGACCUCACCAACGACAGACCAAGCCCUCUGUUCGUCAUGA